AUGGGAUCUUCGAUCUUAGGGCCCAAAGCUGAUAGUGGUUUGGCUUCUAUCACCAAAAUAUAUGAACUUUUGACUAUGGGAUCUUCGAUCUUAGGGCCCAAAGCUGAUGGUGGUUUGGCUUCUAUCACCAAAAUAUAUGAACUUUUGACUUCCCCCGCCUCGGCUAUUGCAGCAAUACUGAUCUCGUUUACUUUGGUCGCCCUUCUCAUCUGUGCAGUUUGCUUGACUGCGGGCGGGGUCCAAACUCUUCACCACCUUGAGAAAUUAAGGCUCGAGACUUACGAUAAGCUCCAAAAAGUUGCCGAGACCAAUGAAACGAUCAUAUCGCAACACUAUCAAAAUUUUUUUGCCCAGCACGUCUAUGAUUUCGCCGUUGCCAAAAUCCGGGCCGAUCGCGAGAAGCGAUCAGUAUCGGAAUCAUGGGGGUUUUUUGCCGACCACUUCCUCAUCUAUCAUCCAAGGACAGACUGGUACGCAUCUUUUGAAACUCUCCUCGAGCAGGCUCCGCCUGUACCCAACAUAGUGCGCAAAACUCACGACCUUAAAUCCCUCCGGAUGUAUAUUGAACAGACAAGGAAAAAGAUCAGCAAGGAGGCGACUAUACAUAUCCUCAUGCCUUCCGCUCAUGAAUAUCGUAUACCUGACAGUUUCACGCUUGAUCACGCGCUCUAUCCCAUCGUUUUUGAAGGGGAAUUAGGAUGCUCCUCUCAACCGUAUGUUUGGGUUAACAUGCCAGACGUAAAGGAUACAUGCUUCCACCAUGUCGGUCGAUUGCCUCCACAGAGAAAGAGCAGAGAAAGAGCAGCGAAAGCCGUCGGAAUAAAGAGAACUUAG